ACCUUUUUUAUUGUGAAGUGUAACACAGGAAGAUGGAUAAACAUAAAUAAUACAGCUCAAUAUAUGAUCACAAAGCAAACAUCCAUGCAGUGACCACCCAGAUUAAGAGCUAGAAAGUUGCCCGCCCUCUGGAAAACUCCUUUUGCUGCCUUGCACCUGCUACCCAUCCCAUCCAAAGGUAACCACCGUGGUAACACCUUACACUACAGACUCAGAAGAGCAGCAAGAGCAAUAGAUAUGGAAUUUGAUAUAUACAGGAGGGAAAAUAGAACUUGCUUGUAGGAAAUGAAACAGAAAGAAAGAAGAACUAGGGAUACCAUUGUCUGAGUUUGCUUUAUGGACCAUGUGCUGCUAUGUAUGCCUGAAGUACUUGAAAUGCAAAUUUGGAGAGACUUUGCCAUCUAAAUGCUUGGCUGGAUUAAAGGCCUAAUUAGGAUGAUUUUUCAACAGGUUGGAAGCAUGCAAUCGGUUCUUUGGUCUGGGAAGCCAUAUGGGUCAUCUCGGAGUAUUGUAAGGAAAAUUGGUACCAAUUUAUCUCUGAUCCAGUGUCCAAGAGUUCAGUUUCAGCUGACCAGCCCUACGACAGAAUGGAGCUCCAGCCCUCCGGGAGAGGAUGCAGUGGUGUCUUUUGCUGAUGUGGGAUGGGUAGCUGAAGAAGAAGGAGAGUGUUCAACAAGACAAAGGAUAGAGGUCCGGUCAAGGCCAACCCUUCAGGAUGAUCUUCCUUUCCUUGAGAAGCCCCACAGUAGGCAGCCAUCCUUACCCACCCUGUCUCCAGAAGAGCCUCCGGUGCAGACCUCAACACUGGCCAAUGAGGAAGCGCUGCAGAAGAUCUGUGCCCUUGAAAGUGAGCUUGCUGCCCUCAGAGCUCAGAUUGCCAAGAUCGUGACCCUCCAGGAACAGCAGAACCUCAGUGCAGGUGACUUAGAAUCCACCAGGCCUGCUGCCACAGCACCACCCUCAGUCCCGCCAGCACCCCCGUUGCCGCCCCCUCCGCCUCCGCCUCCCCUCCCACCCCCGGGGCUCCAGCAGGGCACUUCUGCUAUUGAUCUGAUAAAAGAGCGAAGAGAGAAAAACGCCUCUGCUGGGAAGACCCCGGUCAAGAGCAGUCCAAAGAAAACAGACCUGCCCAACAUGCUGGAGAUUCUAAAAGACAUGAACAGCGUGAAACUGCACUCAGUAAAAAGGUCAGAACAAGACACAAAGCCCAAGCCGGCAGAUGCCGCUGACCCCGCUGCCCUCAUAGCAGAGGCGCUGAAAAAGAAGUUUGCUUAUCGGUAUCGAAGCGAUAGUCAAGGUGAAGCUGAAAAAGGAAUCCCAAAGUCUGAAUCAGAGGCCACCUCCGAGAGAGUGUUGUUUGGUCCACACAUGUUGAAGUCUACUGGAAAAAUGAAGGCUUUAAUUGAAAAUGCUUCAACUUCCUAAUAGACAAAGUGCUGAGAAAGACUAUAUCUGAAGUUCAGCUGUUGGUUUAUUAGGGCUGUUCGGCUAGUAGAUAUCAACACUGUUUGUUUGGUAAAUACCUGAAUUUAGUACUUAUUAGUGGUCUCCUUUUAGGUCUCACUAGAGGAUGAUGCAAUAACAAAAGCACUCUAAGUUGUUUGCUUUUAAGAGAAGGUCAGUUCUGAAGUUUUCCAUAGCAUAUGUACAUUCCAGCAUGUUUUUAAUGUGUAGCCAAGAUGUUUAGGUUUCCAGUCUGGAAAACAAUUACAUAGAUUUCAGAACAAAGAAAGGACACUUUGUAGAUGUGAGUUUUUAAUUAACACUAAUUUAUCUGUACACAUAUUUUAUAUGCAUGUAUUUGGAUAUACAACAGGACAUAAGAUUUAGCAAUGGCAGUGACAAGGCUGCUGGUAAUCAUUCCUGCCCAGUGAUGGAGCAGCUGGUAUAUCCAAAUUGUUGAAGUGAAAUGUUCGAGUUUGGAAUUUCUUCUUGCCUUGAACAGAACUUUUAGAUUCUCUCUCACAUUUUCUUGGAGAUGGGGUUUGAGUAGGAACCAGAUAAUGUUCGCUGCUGAAAUUCCGUAAUACUUUCCUUUAAAGGGAAGUCAGGGAUCAUGAAAACUGUUUCCACCUCAGUGCCAUCCAGUUCUGAGGAAGAAACGUAGUUUUCAAUAGUGAGCAAUCAAACUAUUGAAUUAAAUCUGUUUUAAAGUAAAAACUAGAAUGUACCAUCUUUUUCUUUCAGUUUAAUAAAAUGGCAUAUCAUAAAGAUGACUUCUUGCUAAGUUAACACUUCUGGAAAUGUCAGCAUAAUGUAGUUAAAAAUUUUUUCAAAUACUGGUCAAAAUAGUAGCUUUAUAAUGAAACACUGAAUAGGUGACAAUUUCCUGUAAGCUGCUUAUCAUCGGUCAGACUGCUGUUCUGCUGAGCCCCAGCAUGUAGCAGCAUAACCCGUAGGUGCUGUCAGGAAGUGGAGAACCGCCUUUCUCAUCCAGGACUUCUAAGGAAGUCUUCAUUUCUAAAUGCUUCAUGUAUCUUCAUGAUUUUCUAUACUUCUGUUAAACUCAGCUAUAGUUAUCCAGAAUCUCCUACUGUAAGUACAUAGUUGGACUUAUUGUUUAAAUCUAGUGGGGAAAAAAGUUCCACUUCCCAGGGCAAUUAGGAGAUAUGAAGACAAUACAUUCACUUUUAAGUUAUUGAAACUAUGUGCAAUGUUCUAAAUGAUAGCAGCUUUUCAUGGUUUGGCUGUUUAGCUUAAAUUUGAACUGUGGCUUUUACACAUGUUGUUGACAUACAUUGUUUCUAAUUGUUUUCUAUGGUUUAAAAAUUCUGCCUUUAAAAUAAAUUCAGGAAAUUCACCUGAUAUACUUAAAUAUUUCUCAGGAGGUCAAAAUAUUUGUACCAAUAAUUGAACCUUUAGCCAGUGCUCCAAAAUAAGGAAGUUACUGUUUUGAAAUAAAGCAACUUUUCUUUUCCUUGGA